UGUGACACUAGUGGAAGUUUUAUGCUGUCCGUUCAUAUAAUUCUCGAUUCUAAAUAACCGCUGCAUUAUGUAGGAAUGCGGAGGAAUUUCUGAUGGAGGAGAAGACAGUUGCACAGCGCGAUCCGCAGCGCAGCGCGCGGAGCGCCGCGGGGGGCCUAUAUAUAGCAGAGAGGAGGGGUCAUGCGUUCUUUCUUGUUCCAGCCUCGCUCCGCUUCACAAGUCUUAGAAAAAAUUUUACGUUACAAAUUUAAUUAUGUACUUCUUUAAGGCAUUUAAUUUCCUACUAUUUACUCUUCUAUUAUGCAUUAACUUAUUUUCCGCUACAUUAUUCCCGUAAUUACUUAAGGAUUAUGGACAUUCGCUUUUUUGUACUUCCCUUAUAUGUUACACGGUUAUUAUUUAUCCCGGUUAUUCACUGAUGUAAUUAGGUAUUCUAUACUAAUUCUAAAACCCUCUUUUGGUUGUUGGUACUUCCCUCAUCCUGUAACGCUGUGCUACUAGAGGCUUUCCAAGUUUGUAAUUACUACGCAAUACUAUGUAUUCUCACAAACCAAUCAGUCUUACCCUAUCCUAACUUAAUAAAAAAUCUUAAUCGCAAUAGUUAAUUAAUUACGCUGCUUGUUUCUCCCAGUUUGGGGGGUGUUCUUCUUGGAAUUGUUAUUUACGGUUUAACGAGAAACCUUAAACAUUGAUGCCUUCCUUCUGUCAUUACUUCGUCGUCACACCUUGGCCUACCCUACCGUAAUUAGUUACUGUUCACAUUUGUGCCUUCCUCUUAUUUAUUGGGGCACCGGGGUUUUUCUGGACUAUAUUUAAAACUACAAUUAUGAAGCCUUUCUAAAUUUAUUUGGUUACUUUUAGAUUUACACCUAUGCUUUAGAUAUUGGGAAUUACUAUAGGAAAAUUAGUGCUGUAGGUAUUUUCCCGGUAGCCGCAUGUUUUUUUUUUCCAAAUUUUUUUUUGGGGGGAUAUUUUCAAGAGGUGGCACGGGCAUGUCUCCCGACAUAUGCUUGUUUCUUCGGCCUCCAUUGUUCCAUUCAAUAAUUUUAUAUAGGCAACCUCGACAGAGGGCUGCGUUGCAUUUCAACGCUCCUUGUCUGCCAUGGUAUUUUUAAUUUCGGGACUUAUUGUAGGUCUUCUCUUACAUUGCGUUAUUCUUUCACAUUCUUAUUUUCAAAGUUUUCCUUUUUCCAUUUGUACUCCAGUACGCAUGGGGUUGUUACUUAUUCUUCUUCUCUCCCUCAUUCAUUUUAUUUAUUGGUGAUAUUUUUGUUCUGGUCUGCAUGACCACAUGGGUUUGUCGACAAUCAAACUCAUUCUUUUCAUUGGUCCAAAUUCUUCACCCUGCCUUUGUUUUCAUUCUCUGUUGGUAAUUAUUUUAGUUAGAUGACGUUCAUUAGCAUUAAUUAAGUUAAACGAUUCGUUUAUGUUUUGACAACUGGCGGAGAUGGUACAACAUUGUUGGCCUUAAAUUAUAUUGGUGGGGGCUGUAGCCGUGUAGUAGCUAUGUCGUUGCCAACUCACUUGCCCUUUUUCCCUCUUUUACACAGGGACGAGAAUCAGGUCAUCCCACCGUCUCCAUCGAGGAAGAGGACACGGGUGGCCUCCACGAGAGGACACCAACGUGGAAGAGCAAGGACGCAGCCAGCAAGGACGCGGGCAAAGCCAGCUCGCUAUGCUUCCCCCUCUUCGGGGACGUCAUCGGGGGACUCGGAAGUGGAGGAUGACCAUGUACCAAGGAUCAGACCAGCAGAAACCGCUGAGGCCGGAGCAACGUCACUACCGACAAUAAUUUCAGCAGAAGACUGGGCAACGCUACAGGCACUUAUCACGCAGGCUCGGGAUACCUCUGUGGACGCGAGCAAGCGCGACGUUGGAAACACCGUGGAUGUCACUGCUGGGCAGACCUCCCCUAUAGUAGGACGCCCGCGACAAAGAGCCAAGGGCGCCACAUCACGGCGACACGACAGUUCCACCAGCACGUCCACGGACGGUCCUGCCGCACAUGUUCCUCAGGGAAGCGGGCCUCGCAGAGAAUCCAGUCGAAGUGCCGCAAAACUUACUGCCCCGCAACUUCGCCCUGCAACUUUGAGGACCCUACUCAAUUCACUGCAACCUACAACACGGAGGGCGUAUCAGGCAAAAUGGGCGGAGUACGUGGCCUAUGUCGCGGGGGAACGGCGUGGGAUGCACCCUUUUGAUGCCCCAACUUCAACACUUGCGAAUUUCCUACAGUCUCUGCUUACGCGGGGUCUGGUCUACCGCUCGCUGAGCACUUACCUAGCGGCUAUAGCUUUCAUCUUCAAACUGAAUGGUCCGAAGGACCCCACGCGUAAGUUUGUUGUCACUCAGCUGCUAAAAGGAGCAAGAAAAGCUGCGCGCCGGUCAACGAUACGGCGUCUUCCUGUGACGAGGUGCCUAUUACACCGUCUUCUACGAGCCCUGGGAAAAGUAUGUAUGUUGGAGCACGAUAAAAAGUGCUACAGGGCAAUUUUUUCCUUGGCUUUUCACGCAUGCCUGCGCCCUGGGGAAGUGGUCUACGCCGCGAACGGUCAACACACUCUCCGGCUGGAACAGAUAACACUCACAAGAACACGACUGGAUAUACUACUCGGUUCAUACAAACACAGUGCGGGUCGCACGCCUACGCUAUCUUUGAAGGUGAACACCAAUAACAGGUACUGCCCGGUACGAGCCCUCUCAAAAUACCUCGCCCUACGGGGUACGGCGCCAGGACCAAUAUUCCUCAAUGCACACGGCGCCCCUGUGACGAGGCAAGAUUUCUCUCGGAUGCUACGAGGCACCCUGGCCGCUUUGGGUCUUCCUCCCAACGACUACGCCCCACAUUCCUUCCGGAUUGGACGGGCCACGCAGCUGUCACUUGACGGUCAUCUACAGGACACGAUUAAGGCCGUCGGACGGUGGAGGAGUGACAUUUUUCACUCUUACGUCAGGCAAGAUGUCAUCUCGCUUCCUCAUUGAAAUGUUCCGCGGCCAGCGGGCACUCGCCCUUCGGGGGGGGGGGGGGGGUCCGGCCAGCUGGCUCUGAGGAGUGGGGGUGCAGCACCGGCCCCUAAGUAUUACGCUGUCCGCAGCUACUUUCACUUGUAAGAGUAUUGUUAAAUUUGUCCUAUAGGUGUAUUCUACAGCUACUAGUAAUUUACCAUUUCACAUUAUGUCUGGGAUUUGCCACAUUAUUUAUGUCAUGUGUUAGGCCACUAUAUGCUACUCUUUAAGCCCCGAUUCUACUUAAAAAUUAUGUUAAACGUUUGCCUUACUUGUACCAAUAGUUAAUAAGGAUUCCGCAUUCUUCAGACCAUGUUCUAUUUAGUUACCGGAUAUAAGCAUAUAUAUUAAUGUUAUUAAGUCAUUGUAGCCAAGUUAUACAUGUAUUUAUGCUGUUGUAA